GUGUGUAUGUAAGGAGGGAAGAGUGUCAGUGGGAUGGUCCGGAAAUCCCGUGAUAAAAAGAGGGAGCCGUGAAAGUCAAGGCGGCGUCGGCAUUGUCCUUGCUGCCUGGGCUGCCUCCUCCUCCUCUCCCUCCUCCUCGGACCCUCUGGGGAAGGGAAGAACUUCUUGCGCCUGCUCGCUGGCCCUGCCCUUCAGCCUCCGGAUACUCACACACAUGGACCCCAAGGCUCUCGGGACCCUGAGCCACUAGGAGGAGAAGCGGAGCCCAGACCCAUCGCCGCCGCUUCCAAGGAGACCAAGGACUGUGCAGCUGCAGGCUGCAACUUGAGAACUUGUCACCAUUGGACUUGCAUGUGAGAACUGAUCUGGUGGGAAGGAAUUUAAAGCCAUCACCAUGGAAUUUGUAAUGAAACAGGCUUUAGGAGGGGCUACCAAAGACAUGGGGAAGAUGCUGGGAGGAGAAGAGGAGAAGGACCCAGAUGCUGCCAAGAAGGAAGAAGAACGGCAGGAGGCCCUUCGGCAGCAAGAAGAAGAGAGGAAAGCUAAAUAUGCCAAGAUGGAAGCUGAAAGGGAAAACGUGAGGCAAGGGAUUCGGGACAAGUAUGGAAUUAAGAAGAAGGAGGAAAGAGAAGCAGAAGCCCAAGCAGCUCUGGAAGCCAAUGCUGAGGGAAGCCUGACACGUCCAAAGAAGGCCAUUCCUCCUGGCUGUGGUGAUGAGGAUGAGGAUGAGGAGGAAAGCAUUCUAGACACCGUCAUCAAAUACCUGCCUGGUCCCCUCCAGGACAUGUUUAAGAAGUAAAUGGCUACAGACUGCCAAGCCUGUCCAUGGACAGUAAAGCAAUGGAUUUCUCAUUGAUCCAAUGGGGAAUUUAUACUCGCCACACAUCACUCGCACCCUCUUCCCACCCAACUCCACCACUCCAAGCCCCUGACAUUCACUUGACCCACCUUCUCCGAUCCAUUCCUUAUUUUGUACAUAUUCACAUUUAGUAGAUGCCUCCAAAUGGAUGUAAAGAUUUAAUGAGCUGCAGUCUACACAACCUUUUUCUUAUUAUAAAGCCAUAGUUCUACGUACGUUCAAUAAAGGCAGGUGUAUAUUUUUUAAAGAAGAGAGAAGGGAUGAUAACAAGAUUGUUUAUCUCCCAGAAGGAUGGAGAGCUCAUCCAGAGUGAGCAACUGGGAUUUGGUUGUUUUAUUUUUUAAUCCUUAUUUAUUAGGUUUAUAUCAGUGGAUACAAGCUAAUCCAGUGUUCCACAGCAUCAAUAUGUCCCUUUUUAGGGCUGAGCUGAAAGUAUUCACUGUUUUUUCAAGGAACAUCUUCAGAUGUGUCCAAUAUAAUCGUCCAGUUUUGAGGAUUUUUGAUUUGUUUUGUUUUGGCAAUGCCUGUGAAAAUGUUUGCUUAUUCAUUUACAUGGCCCUCUCCUUUCUCUGUCUUUAUUGACUUCAUUUAUCCUCACUAUCAUCAUCAUGUAGACAUACCUGAUUUGGUAAGAAUGUAAUGAUAUCAUUGUGUGUUCACUGCGUGAUCCCUGAUUGCCUGGGAUCACCGGUAUGAUUAAUUUAAGAAGCAUUGCCCUCAACUUGCCAUUUAUUUAUUUAUUUGCCCUCAGUCAUGUCAAUAGAUAGUCAAAUCUUAUUGGCUAUCUAGCUGCACAACAUCAUCCCGGUCACUAUGUGAUCCCUGAUAGGCUGUGAUCACCCAUGUGGUUAAGUGCAGAAGAUGGUAGAAGCAGUAACCAGAUUGGAGCAGGAGGAAAUAGCAACGGAGCAAAGCACUUGAGGAAAGAGAGAAUGGUCAUUAUCAAAACAAUAAAAACUGUCAAUAAUCUCACAAUCGUAUCAAAAAAGAAGAACAGUUAAACUUCAGCAAAAUCAAUUUUUUCUUUUUUUCUUUUUGGUCUCUGAAAUAGAAAUGGGGAAAUAUUCAGCACAGCCCUGCCCUUCUCUUGCAGGUAAAUCUCCAAUUUAUAUGGAAAUGAACCCUUGGGGUUCCCCCGCCACACACACUGCACCAUUAUUUUUCAGGACAGACAAGAGAUAAUUUGGAAACUGACCUAUUUACUACUUAUAUUUCUAGCUGAGGAAUCCAAGUGAUGGAAGGACUAACAAACCUCUGCUCUAUAAAUAAGCAUCUAAUGCCUCUUCUAGGCAAUUGUCUUGUUGCCUUGAGAGGAGCCAUAACAAGGACCUAGUAAGGGAAGAGUUUAUUUAGUCUAAAGAUUUUUGUUUUUCCCUUCCUAAAUAUAUGAAAUUCUGUCAGGUUCUUUUCUCCAGUCCUGUAAGCACCAAGAUUGCUUAUAGUUCACAUUGUCUACCAGUCAGUCAACUCUGUGGAAGAACACACAUUGUUUUUUCAUGACCUAUCGGGGUUUGAACUGGCAAGGGACAAACAUGGAAGCCAUGUACCCUUUAGAAUAGUUGAAGUCCCUUCCUUGUUUUUCCCCCACUUGUGUCCGAAAGCAAAUACGUCUCUAAACUUUUACCAGUGGAGACAGUUGAAAGAUAAUUUGCAGGGCAUUUGCAGGAUAUUCCAGCAAGUUGCUCAUGGAGAAACAAAUGUGGUCCAAAGCACCAGGAAUUUGUCAGUUAAAUGUUUAUUAAAAUUUAAAUUGGCUAAAAUAAAUGGAUAAAUGAAAUGUUCAUAAAGAUAUCAGACUGCCCGCAUGUGGAUUUGGAGGAAUUUGUAUUGAUUUAUGAUAGAUAACCCUUCAAUAUUAUUUCCUUGGGCUACCCAUCACAAAAUAACCAUGAAUUUAGGGCCUAUAUUUCCUUUGCAAGAGCUAAAUGUGAAGCAUAGAUAUAGGAGGCCUGGCUGAAAUCAGGGGAGAGCCAUAGUUUAUUGCUUCAGCAAUACUAUACAUGUUUAAAAGGAUCCCAGGUUCAACUCUUGGCAUUCUCAGUAAAAAGAGUGGCUGUCUGAUCCUCUGAAUAGCUAUUGCCCACCAAGAUGAAAUAAUAUAUAGGUUUGCUGGAUCCAUUUUCUACCGCAGCAUGAUUCUUUGUGCUCUCUUGCCCUCUCAAUACCACUCUGUUAGGGGUAGCAAGAUUAUUAGGAAAAUGUGAUAUAUAUAUAUAUAUAUAUAUAUAUAUAUAUAUAUAUAUAUAUAUAUAGUAUAUAUAUAGUAUUGGGAAACUGUAAUAAGGGGCAUUCUAGAUGGCCAAGAAUCUUUAUAGUAUGGGACUUAUUCUAGCUGGGGGGAAAUGCACACAGAUGUUUUUGUGCAGGAAAUGCUGUUGCAUCUGUUUGCACAGAAUACUUCCUGAACAGAGAAUAAUCUGCAAAAACAGCACAGUGUUUGACAACUUUCCCACAGUGAGGGGAAAACUGUAAAUCUAUCCAUUCUUGCCUUGGGAAUGAAAUUUGCUAAGAUUUAUACCCCUGCCCUCUAAAUUAUUUGAACCAAAGCUAGAGGGGAUCAGCUUCUUCAGAGGUACAACAACCACAUUCUUUCUGCUCCUAGGCCAGAAUUAGCCUUGCCUGCCUAGUUUGCUAGAACUGAGGAUUCACCACUGAUUGUUUAUUUGUAGAUCUCUCUCAAUGAAUACUGGAAUUCAUGAUCACCAACACAUAUAUCUGUCCAUUGCUGGUCUAGUUUUGUCACUGCUAGCUAUGUAACGUCUAACCAUAUUCCAGCCAGAUAGGAAGACUGGAUACUUGAACAUUACCUCAUUUUUAAAAAAGCCAACACGCUAGGGAAAAUGUUUCCAUACUCAUUUUCUCCCUGACAUAAUAGAAGGUGGUGGUUUGGUUUUGCUUUGAAUGCAGGAGAACAUUCAUCUGUUUCCCCACCUGCAGCUUGAACGGGAACAGUUUACAAUGGGUACAUUAUGCGAUGCUGCAGACAGCACAGAAACAGCUUAUUCAGUUUAUCCGAUGGAAGAGUUUAUUGAACUUAUUCCAAGGCAGUGUUCCAAUUACUUGAAUGGUCAAACGAUCCAUACUAGUCUUCCUGAUCUCAGUAGAAAAGUAGGAAAUCAUCCUAGCCAAUGAGACAGUUUUACUGAGCAGUGUCACAAUCAAGUAGGGAAAUACCCAGCCAUAUUUAUUCUGAUAUUUUCUCUCUCAAGUCAUUGUAUUCAUCUUUUGUGUAUGAAUGUGAUGCCAGACUCUUCGCACAGCUCCCAGAGAUGGGAAGGCAGCAGGUUGGAGAUCAUUGUAAUCCUCCGCCCUCCUUUAGCAGUUUGGACAUAUCCUUUGCACCAAGAAAGUUGAAACACAAAAAAUAUUGAGCUAAACUUUCCCCCCCCCCUUUUAUACCAAAUCAUCAGUUUCAAGGAUAUUCAACAUCUAAGCAGAACAAUUCAGUUAUUAAUUCCGAUCUAAAAGGCAGCAUUUGAUUUCUUUUUAAAAAUCUGACUUAGACCUCAUUGCUUGAUCCAUUUCCAGUUCACAUCCAAUCAAUCCUUAUUAUAGUAUAUUCAUAGUCUAACAAUAUUAAUACAAGUGGAUUGUAGAAAGCAUUUCCUCUUGUGUACUUAUUUGUUCAUUCCCUUAUAAAACAUAUCAGUCAUUCUGAGGUUCACACAGAGCCCUUGGCUCACUUGUGAUGCAUGAAAAUAUCAUUAUAAAACCUCUUAAGACAGUUUUAAAGACAGGAAUUUAAACUACAGCUUGGAAGAAUUACUUUUGGAUUAUAACUCCCCAAAUCCCUCAGUCAGCAUGUCUUGACCACAAUGAUUGAUAAUUUUUGGAGUUGUGGUACCUAAAGUGGAUUUUUCUAAUUUAAGUUUAAACAUACACAAUUAGAUUACAAAUAUAGAAAAUACAAGACUGCUCAAUAGCAGAAAUAAGCAUAGAUACCUUCCUAAAAUGCCUAAAAUGCCCUCUGAAACUGUAUAUGCCUUGCCAUCUCCUUAAAAUAAUAUAGGUUAAAGCUUCACUUAGCUUCUGGGUUGGAAGUAGGGAAGGAAAGAAUAUUCAAAAAUAGGUGGAAAAAAUAGUUUUAAAAAAUUAUCAGGAAACUCUGACACAAAGAAUCCUGGAUAGAUAAAAAUCUUUGGCCUGUUACAGACUGCCAAAAUAAAGCUGCUUGGGGUCUCUUUGGAGGUAUGCUAUUUAAAUGAUG